AUGGUGCUUCCUGUACAUUUGGAAUACACUGAUGAGGAUGAUGAGGAUGAAGAUGGGCCAAGUUUUUAUCCUCAUAUAAGACGCAGUGUGGACGAAGAGAAGAUCUCGGCGGAGGAAGAGUAUCGCAUCAUGGCGGAACAAGUCAAGGAGUCCAAGGGAUUUGACAUCGAUUUCACCAAGUUCCGCUGCGUUUUCAACUACGUACCUCUGGAUCUCGAUUACGACGGCGUGGUUGGCGGACCAGGCGGACCAGAAACCACCAGAGAGUUUAUGGACAGGAUGUGUCGGGAAUCCUUAGAGAUAUUCAAUCAACGUGACAGUACAGAAUAUGAAUUUGUCAAGUUUAUCAAAGCCAACCAUCACUUUGCUGCUGGCAUCAUGUUUCUCGUUACCUUUGAAGGUAAGUUGCUCUCCGAUGAUGUCUCAAAACAGUUCCAAGCCAAGUUCUGCGUGUGCGAUACUCUCGUCGAUCUUAUCUCAUGCGAACUCAAACCUCUGAAAGAACAGGCUCACUCCAUUGAAGCUGCGGAGAAAGAAAGUCCCAAGAAACCAAGUUACAAGUACGAAUUCAAGUUCGUUGAGGCUGCUACUCCAUGGGUUAGUCUCGCCCAUAUCACAUUGCACGACUUGUCAGCCUCUUUGUCAAGAGAACCAUUGGCUCCUCCAGCGAUGUAA